AUGCCCGAUCGAAUGGACAGCGAUGCCGGGGUCAAGAAACGACUACCCAACAAGAAUCUCUCCUUUACUGGAUACAGCACCGAGGAGAGCAACACGGGUGACAGAAACAACAAUAAGGGCAAAAAGCGAGCGGGAAAACGUUCCGAUGCCGAUGGCAGCAAAGGAGACGUUGGCAAGGCAUCGGUGAUUUGGAUGGUCCUCGUCAUUGGGUUAAUCUUUUGUUUGAUGGAUGCCAUGUACAUUGCCCGGGUCUUGGAUCGACCGGGAAAUGCCGCCGAUAACGAAUCCAUGGAUCUCAUGUCGGCCGAACGAAUUUUGGAAGAAUUAAAGAAACAACAAAAACCCCAACCACAGGUCUUUAGCAGUCAUUACAGCAGCAGCAGAUUGGGGUCCGAGAUGACCGACGCAUUGAUGAAACAACAGCUCCAAAUGAGAGCGCAACAACAAGCGGACAAGUUCGAUGGUGUGACACCCCAAAUGGUUGAAGUAGUAGAUCAAAACUCACAGCAGCAACAGCAAAAAGAACAAAAGGGAGGAUGGUUCAGUGCCCUCCGCAAUGCCGCCCGUCGACAACGAUUGACACCCGAACAACAGGCCGAACGUAAACGAAAACGACAAGAAGAAGAAAAAGAAGCCGAAGGAAAACGCAUCAAAAUGAUCAAAAUGGCAGCACUCGAAGCCAUGAAGGCCGAACACGGCGGAAAACUGCCGGAUGAUAUGAUUGACAAGGCACUCGAAAAUGACGAAGCCUUCAAACCACGACCCAUGGAAUACUACAAAGAUCAGGCCAUGAUGGAUGGCAAGAAACAGAUUCUAGACCUCUUCAUUGAUGCUGGACUCAAGAAUAUGGACGAUUCCACCUACAAAGUAUUGCCCAGUUGGGAGGACGUUAGCACACUGUAUGGAGAGGAACCACGUAUUAUUGGUUUGGAACAAUGCAAAACAUUCCUAGCAAAGGGAAAUCCUUGGGAUCACUUUGUUUCCACAGCCGGUACCUUUAAUUCUGGAACCAAUCUCAUGGCAGAAAUGCUCAUUCACAAUUGUCACAUGGAAGAACGCAUGAAAAAACUUGGAGCACAAAACAGAGGGAUCCGAUGGCAAGUGCCCUGGGGGAAACAUACUCCUCCCGGAGACGAAGAGUACCGAGUGGAACACAAAUCCAUGAAGGACAAAAAUGUCGAUGCCAACAUGAUUCUACCCGCCGUCACUGUCCGCGACCCGUACUACUGGAUGCAGUCCAUGUGCAAACAUCACUACACGGCCAGUUGGAGGGCCAGCGAUCGAUGUCCCAACUUGACUCCCUCGGAAGCCGAUGUGGCCUCAUACCCCAUGUUACGCGACAAGGAUUACUAUCCACUUUCCGUUCGAUACGCCGACUUUCAUAGACAUCACAAGAGUUUGACAGGUCUGUGGAAUGAUUGGUACAAUGAAUACAAGGGUGUGGAAUUCCAACGGCUCUUUGUCCGGUACGAAGAUCUGUUGUUCCAUCCCAAAAAUGUCACCCAAACCGUCUGUCACUGCGCGGGAGGUACCAUGAAUAAAGGGAAAUUCCAAUACGUGGUCGAUUCGGCCAAGAAGGGACUUGGUGCCCACGGAUCGGUUCGAACGGGGUAUAUUGAUGCCAUUAUCAAAUACGGUCACGAACGCAAUCGAUACAACGGAUUUCAUCCAGAUGAUUUGAUCUACGCCCGCAAAUCACUCGAUGUAGACUUGAUGAAAGACUUUGGAUACAAGUACCACCCCGAACACUUGGAACAGCAUAAUGAAAAGAAGGACGAGGGAGAAGGCGACGGUGGCAAUGAACACGCGGACGAAAUGGAAGUCAAGGUGGAACACAAGGAGGAACACGAGGAGCCCGAGGUUCCCGACGACAAGGAAGUCCAGGGCGAAGAAAAUGCUGAAGAAGCGAAGGAAGCCGACAACAAGGAGGAAGUCGCAGAAGAGGAAAAGAGUGCUGACGUUGGCGACAAAAUUGAUGCUGCAGUAGAAAAGGACGCUGGUGAGGCAGAAGAAGAUGUGGAGAAUGCCGACAAUAAGGAUGCUGGUGGUGAAGAAGGUGAGGACAAGGAAGAAGGCGAAGACAAGGAAAAUGGCGACAACGAGGAUAAGGAUGAUGAGGAUGACAAGAGCGACUCGGAGGAGAAGAAGGAUAGUCAAGAGGAGCGGCGUUGA